CGCAGCUCUGUGGCGACUGACACCCAAAUUGCGCAUUUUUCAAAAAGAAGUCAUCGCACAGUCACAGGAUCGGAGUCGUGAUCUCCAUGGGUGAGCUCCCUCCGUGUGUGUGUGUCAUCAUCAUCAUCAGCCCUGACGUUACCGGCCCGCCUCCAUCGCCCUCAGUGACACACACACACACACACACACACACACACACACACAGGCUCUCCAGCAGCUGCGCGGCGGAUCCAACUCCAGUGGAGAGCCGGCGUGUCAGCGCCAGACACCGCCGUCGAGCCGCUCGCAGCGCCAGUCCUCACUGGUAUGGACGAGCACUGACCAUCCAGGAACCAUGCCUACCGUGCUCGGUGGCAAAGGGAAACUUUCCAUUGUCUGCUUUCUGCUCCGAUGCGCAUAUUCUCAGGUAACAAGAAGCCAACACCACAGCUGUGCCAAAGAUAUUCUGGAGGACAUGACUCAGUCCUGGCCGUCCCAGCAAGCCUUAGGGGGGGACCAGGCCCAACGAAUCCUCUACAGCCCUAAGGAUGCAAAACAAGCGACUACGCAACAGAGGCAAAGUCGGGGGGAUGUUCCGCUGCGGAUGACCCGUCACCCUCACGUGGCACCUCACAAAUCCAUGCUUGCUGAUGACCUGAAGCUGAGCAGUGAUGAUGAUGACACUCAAAGGGCCACUCACGAGUCAGCGUCCUGGGACAGACACAGCCUGUCAGCACAGCGAGCGCACACACAUGGCAGGCGGGUGAGACAUUCCAGCUCGGACUCCUCGGGCUCAGACUCCACCGCUGAGUCGGGCGGCGGUUCCCGGAGCCCGAGCCCAGACGUCCAGCCAGAUCCCGCGUUGCCUGCCAACACGCGGCCACCGUGCAGCAGCAAGGAGACUGAUCACCCCUCUGCUGCCCAGUGGCAGUUGGAUAAAUGGCUGAAGAAGUCCCGCAAAAAAUCUUCCAGCAGUAAUCGGGAUCCUUCCCAGAGUGCCACAGGACGCCUGCCCUCUCCCCACACCCAACAAGCCCCAUCUCCAGCCAGGUCCUGGGACAGCAACCAGGAAUACAGCCCUAGUCAAAGCCCCAUUCCCAGCCCACAGUUCAACUACAGCCACAACAACACCCCCAUCCAUAGCCCUGUUUACAGCUAUUGCCCUAGCCCCAGCCCAUUCCCCAGCACAUGUCCAAGUCCCAGCCCUAGCCCGAGGCACAGCCCGAUCCCCAGUCCGGUGCUAAGUGUUUGCCCCAGUCCGUGUGGGAGCCGCAGCCGCAGCCCUAGCCCUGUACCUACAGAUCCUCCAAAAAGCCCAAGUCCCAGUUUACCUUCUCCUUCAAGGCUUCGUCACUACCCUGAGAUACAUAGUCAGAACAAAACACAUCCUGGCCAAACAACCAAUCCGCACAGGACAAAAAGUAGGCCAUGGAUCGGCCCGUUGCCUAAAACCGACACCAAGAACAAGCCCACAGACAAUAGUCAUCCUCAGCCAACUCAUCAGCACAGGCCCAAGACUCGACCCACUCAUGACCAGGACCAAAGCAAAAGCAAAUCCAAGGCCUCUGCUGUUUUAAUCUCUGACCAGAAUCACAGUCAUAAAUCUAGACACAAGUCCAACCUUCAUCCAAAUCCUAAAGAGCUCCCAGAGCCUCCCAAGGCCAAACACACGUUACAUUUUGAGCAAACCCAGGGUAGCAGAACCAACCACAGCUCCAACCACAAGCCCAGGCCUCCGUUUCAACCCGGCUCUCAACUUAACCCCACAAGAGCAAAGCACUUAGGUCCUGCUAGUCGUGAAACCAACGCUGGUCCCAGUACUCAUUCCCAAUCUACCUCUAAAGCUGCUAGUAAUUCGGGUGGUGGGUCGAACCCUUGGGCUAGUCCUAGCCUAAAACCUAGGGCCAAGUCGUCUUCGGUGCCAACUCCUGUGCAUGUUAAUCGUACAAAAGCAUCACAGAAGACACCCCAGACCAAGGAACAGGGGGUGGACCACAGGAGAGAUCACCAGACCCAAGCAGAGGCGAGAAAACACGAGAGAAAAGAGGACAGACAUCGGGAAAAACCGAAAGGAAAGGAGGAGCGAAAGGAGGACAGGAGGCUGGCGGAGGAGCAGCUACUGAGACGUCCCUGGAUUGAGAGUUCAGCAGAAGAAGAGGAGGAGGAAGAAGUGACAGAACGGCAGAGGAGGAGAGAGCAGACACCAAAAGGGGAAAACUGGAGAAGGGAGCAGCAACAUAGAUGUGAAUGGCAAACAGCCAAGGCCAGACAGAGACCACCUACCAAUGUCAAGAGACACCACCUUAAGGAUGACUCACACCACCAGGGGACAGUAAAAAAGGGCGGGAGAAGUGAGGAGGAGAGAGCGUUACAGCCAGACCUUUCACCACCCCCUUCACGUUCCCCAUCUCCUCAUACGCCGUCCUCCCCAUUCUCUCCUUCCUCCUCAAAUUCACAGUCCGAGUCCGAACAUCAGGCUCCGAUCACCAAAGUUCCAGCAGACUCUACCUCCCACAAGAGACUCGCUCAGAGAGGGCAACAAGGCCCAGGCAGACCUGACGCCAACAGGCCCAAGGUGGUGCACCACAGAGGACCCGCCCCAGCUAAAUCAAGUGAGGGGCAGCACAGUGAGGGGAAGCAAAAACUCUACACCUUAGUUCCUUUCGGGCGAAGUGAACAGUCAACGGUUUCCUCGCAGCGAGGGCUCCGAAAUCUGGUGGUGCAGAUAGACCUCUGUCUUCUCAAAAGGGUCCCGGACAGCGCUAUCGGGUCCACUGUAAAGACACCUACGUCCUCUUCAUCAACGAAGGACAAACAAAGAGAAGCUAUGAAACACCUGUAUACACCCGAGACUGUGACAAAAGACAGCAAAAGGAAACGCAAGUUGGAGAAUGGUGUGUCACACAGAGAAAGCAAGAGGACACUUCCUCAUGCGUGCGACCUCUCAGAUCGCACGGAGUCAUCAGCUCACACAGCUGGGCGCCACUUUGUGACUGAGACCGUGCACAACGGGUACUUGGAGGAGUUCUUAGACAGCAAGAGGCCACUGUCUCCCCUGUCUCCCCUGUCUCCACUGUCUCCACUGUCGAACAGCCCGGAGCCCACCAAGCCUCCCCCCAAAAUAAAGACCUCAGAGCAGCAUCACGUCCACACGCACAAGAUCAGAGACAAGAGUAGAGAUUCUGCUGUAAAGCCCAAGAUGGAGGUGGAAUGUGUAAAAGUGUCAAGACAGCCCCAGCCCCAGCCCCAGCCCGAGUCCUGGGGCCCGACAGGACACAGGGGGGCCGUGCCUAACCAAGAACCUCCGCACCACGCUGAGUACUACUUACACGAAGCUAAGAGGAUGAAGCACCGCGCCGACGCAAUGGUGGACAAGCUCGGGAAGGCCGUGAACUACGUCGACGCUGCUCUCUCCUUCAUGGAAUGUGGGAAAGCAAUGGAGGAAGGGCCGCUCGAGGCAAAGUCUCCCUACACGAUGUACUCGGAGACGGUGGAGCUCAUUAGGUAUGCAAUGCGGCUGAAGAGCCACUCUGGCCCUGGGGCAAGACAGGAAGACAAACAGCUGGCGGUUCUGUGUUUCCGAUGCCUUGCCCUGCUUUACUGGCAGAUGUUUCGUUUAAAGAAGGACCACGCACUGAAGUACUCCAAAGUGCUGCUAGACUAUUUUAAGCCUUAUUUAUGGUGCCAUUACAGAGUUCUCCCAAAGUGCCUACCACACCACCCUGCUGGAAUGACACUGGGAAGUAGGGGCGCCGGAGGACCCCCUCCGUCACUCUCGCCCAAUGCCAAACACCUUGGACGGAGUUCACACGGGGGCAGCACCUCCCCCUCCUUCAUAAGCAUUCCCCAACGUAUCCACCAGAUGGCGGCAAACCAUCUGAAUAUUACCAACAGUGUCCUGUACAGUUACGAGUACUGGGAGGUGGCGGACAACCUCGCGAAGGAGAAUAAAGAGUUCUUCAACUACUUGAAUACUUUAUCUGGGCCUUUGACUCUUCACAGUAGCAUCGCUCACACCGUCCAAUACACCAGACAGGCUCUUCAGUGGAUACGCAUUAGUGCCAAACUCAACUGAAAAAGGAGGGAAUUUAACUUUAACCUGCCCCCUGGAUCUCCAGGCUGCGUUUUGCUCUAGAAGAGACAACUCUCUGUACAGAGGACAGGACGACACCGAUGCCUGUACUGUGCUGUGUGCAAGGGAGUUGGAUAAAAACCCAUGGAGCCUGACAUUUGUCAUCCUCAUAGGAUGCUGGGACGCUCACCACCUGGGCCUUACUGUGUGCAAAGCCUUCUACUACACGCACCUUCUUCCUCAUCGUUGGAUUAAUCGGAAGAGUUGUGUUGUUCCGCUGUGGAUUUAAAAUCUCAAAUCAUUUGCCAAAUUUCUCUUGGAUCUCAAAGAACUCACAUACAAAGCCUUUUUCCUACUUUGGAUUCAAUCUGGCGGACCGUUUCUCUGGGGCCAAGAAAGGAGAAUAUUAAAAAAAAACCAGCCAAUUAUAUACCACUUUCUCCGAAGUAAAACUUGUCUGGGUCUUUUGCAAAUGAAGGUUAUAUGACCCUUACUCUUGACAUCUCUCAUAUUUUCACUUUUACGUGUUUUUACUGUGCAAUAUUUGAUGGAUUGUCAGUUUUUAGAUAAAACAAAAAAAGAGAAAAUACAAGAGAAUAAAAUGUUGGUGAGACUAGUUGCCAACAUUAAAGGUA